AAUGCGUUUUUGGCCGGAGUAUCGAGAGGCGUCUAGUCCCGCCUAACGUCGCUUAUUUGCAUUGAGAUGACAUAUGCAAAUGAGUCGAGGGACGCAACCAGAAUGCAUUCAUUGUGUUUCAUAUACACAGUGAAUGGUAACCACGUAAACGAUCCUGUGGGCACUGACCAUGUUUACUUAAGAUCAUGAAUUUGAAAAAAAUUUCCUGGAGAGUUUGGGAAAAACUUUUGAACCACGGGGUCGCUUCAAAUAAACUGCACACUGAACGAGAUGCAGCAACAACAGCCGCAGCCGCCUGGAAACGGAGAUAUUCUAGCACCUGGAAAAUCAGGUAUCCCGCAACGGGCGGGACCGCUAACUCCCGUGUCGUUGAUCUCCGGAGCGACACGGUGGCCAAGCCUGGACCUGCGGUGCGUCGGGCCAUGUCAGAGGCCGAAGUCGGAGAUGACGGCAUGGAAGAAGAUCCCAUAGUGAUUGAGUUGCAGGAGAUUGCGGCUGACAUGUUUCAGAUGGAGGCCGGACUGUUUGUUCCCUCUGGAAUCAUGAGUAAUCUCAUCGCAGUGAUGGUGCACUGCAGGGAGCGCGGCGACGAGAUGCUUGCUGGCGAUCUGUCCCAUAUGCACAUCUACGAGCAAGGAGGGAGCGCACAGGUGGCCGGUGUCCAUGCCAGCUUAGUAACCACACUCCCUGACGGAACAUUGGACUUGCAGCAGCUGGAAUCAAAGAUCCGCCACGGUUACCCCGACCCACACUACCCCCGCUCACGCCUCAUAUGCGUGGAGAACACGCACAACGUACUAGGGGGGCGUGUGCUACCUCUGACCUUCCUGCAGGAGGUUCGUGCUUUAGCAGACAGAUAUGGUCUGUCCGUUCACAUGGAUGGAGCCAGGCUGAUGAACGCUGCUGUAGCCCAGGGGGUGCCUCCAUCCACCAUCCUGCAGCACACACACACCGUCAGUGUGUCGCUCUCCAAGGGUUUGGGUGCCCCCGUGGGAAGCAUACUGGCUGGACCUCAAGACUUCAUAUCCAGGGCAGUACGGUGCCGUAAAGUCCUGGGUGGGGGGAUACGUCAUGCUGGCUUACUAGCAGCAGCUGGAAAACUGUCACUGCUGGAGAUGGUGGGAAGACUGGAGGAAGAUCACCGCAAUGCAAAAAUCUUUGCUCAAGCUCUGCACGACUGUGACCCUCCUCUGUUCACUAUAGACAUGGCCUCUGUGGAGACGAACAUCGUGCGUUUCCAUCUGCAGGAGCCCAGUUUAAGUCCCUCUGAGUUCUGUGCCCGCAUGGCUCAGGUUGGCGAGGGAGAGGAGGCUGCACUGGGACAGCGGAUACACGUUCUCAUGUUCCCCCUUCAUGGAAGUUCUAUACGGGCUGUGUGGCAUCUUGGGAUCUCCCCUGAAGAUACCCAGCUGGCCAUCCAGAAAAUGCAAUUUGUAGCUUCUCAGUACUUGAGGGAAAAACUCAGGAUUUAGUGCAAUCUCCUACUAUGCAAAAAAGAUUGUUUUUUACUUUUUGCAGGAUUUUACAUUACAAUUUACAGUACGGGUUUACUACAUUCAGACCCAAAUAAAUAAAACGGUAAAGAAAAAUGAAGAAGAAAUGGCGGAGUGGUUCUGCACUACUUGUAAUUUUACUGUUCCACUCCAUCUAUUUGUCACCAAUGUUCUGCAGUUUCCUUUACAGACCUUCUCUAUUUCUCAGUGUAUAAGGUACUCUUUCCAAUUUUUUUUAUCUCUUUGACUGUUACUAGUUUCCAGGUGUUGACAGAUGUUGGUUUAAAGUCCAUCCUAUUCCAUGUGACUUAUUUUAAUGUGACUUUGCAUAUUAUUGCGCACAGAUAUUUAUCUUCUUGUAGCUAUUUCUAAUAGGAUGUUACUACAUAAAAUAUUGGAAGGUUUGUUGUUUACUGUAUUUUUAUGAGAUUUUUUUUGUGUCACAAACACUGUCAUACAUACUAUAUAACUGAUGUUAUUUUGUAUGCAAUUUAUCAGUGAAUGAAAUCAGAAUAAGCAAAUUGAGAAAAAUAAACUGGAUUAUGCUGUCAAUAAGA